AUGGCGAAGCCAAGCGUACCGUUGUUUCCGGACAGAGCUUCAGGCCCAGCUAUUCAGCUGGGCAACGACACGACGAGUUCUAGCCCAGUUCCUUCCAUGACAGAAGAAAUUUCCGAUCAGACGGCAUCCACGAAUCGACUGAGACCAUACCAAUCCCUUUACACAAAAUCAUGGAGCACACAGUUCGGCCAGCCAUAUACUGCUGGUUUGACCAAGAAUCGUCUCCUGCUCUGGUCUACAAUCACCUUUGCGUUAGGUCUUGUAGCUGCACUUUAUCUCGCCAGAGUUGAGGAUACUCGUCCAUCCUCUCAAGUUUCAUGCCUUGCCUCUAAUAAUAUACCAUUCGUGGUUGAGGGUUCCCAUGGAUGGGAGCAAAAGACUGUGCCCUGGAAUCCAAGACUGAAAUACACGCCUUCUGCAGUAGCAACCCCGCAGACGGCCGAUCAAAUCAAGGCCAUCGUAUCUUGUGGUAUCAGAAACGGAGUGCGAGUCAGUGCCAAAAGUGGAGGCCACAGCUUCGGAUCGUUUGGUUUUGGAGGCGAGGAUGGACACUUGGUUAUCGCCUUGGACCAGCUGAAUGCCGUCACGGUACAUACAGAUGGUACAGCCAGAAUCCAACCUGGUGCUCGGCUGGGACAUGUUGCCACAGAGCUAUACAAGCAGGGGAAAAGGGCAAUACCUCUUGGCACUUGCCCCCGUGUUGGCAUUGCAGGGUUCAUCCUACAUGGGGGAUAUGGCAUGGCCGCGAGGGCGUAUGGCCUCACGCUGGAUUGGUUAAUAGGAGCGACAGUUAUACUGGCAAACGGCACGAGUGUACACUGUUCGGCAACUGAGAAUGCCGAUCUAUUCUGGGCGGUUCGCGGGGCCGGAUCUUCGUUUGGCAUCGUGGCCGAGUUUGAGCUGAAAACAUUUGAGGCGCCUGAAAGCGUCACUCCGUUUGCCAUUGACGUCUUCUGGGGCCAGACACAGGCAGUUGAGGGAUUCGGAAUUUUUCAAGACUUGGCCAUGACAGCACCAAGGGCGCUCAACGCUUGGCUGGCUAUAAGCGGAACGGGCCAGCGAAUUCAAGGUGUAUGGAUGGGAGAUCUCGCCGGCCUUAAUGAUACACUGCGGCCAUUGUUGGGCCGUCUGGGAGUUAAACUAUCAUAUGCAAGCACCAUGAGUUGGAUUGAGGCCCAUGAGUACUUUGCUGAUGGUGAGGAACUCGAGCCAGCAUCUCCGUAUAAUUUGGAUGAAAGGUUGUACGCGACUAGUCUCAUGGUCCAUGCCAUCACGGAAUCUCAGAUAGAGGCCUUCAUGUCCGCAGUCUUUGCCCAUAUGAAUGAUACCUCGGGUCAUCACUCUUGGAGCUUUGAAAUCGCGUUUCACGGAGGAACAUCGUCGGCCAUUGCAGACAUUGACCCAUCCACAACGGCAUAUGCCCAUCGAGAUAAGUUACUUCUUUACCAGUUCUUUGGUGUUGGAACCCCCAGUCAAUAUCCCGAUGAUGGUUUCGCUGUUUUGCAGCGGUUUAGAGAUAGUAUCACGAAUACAUUGGCGGACGGGGACUGGGGAAUGUAUCCAAACUAUAUCGAUACCCAACUAGAUGUAGACACGGCACAGAAACUAUACUGGGGUAAGAACCUGUUGCGGCUACGGAGUAUUAAGGCGGACUUGGACCCCAGACAGGUCUUUUGGAACCCGCACGGUGUGCGUCCUCUAUUGUAG